AAGAUUGGAUUUAACCAUUUAUUGUAAUUGAAAAAAACUACACAUGGGAUAUGAUAAACAUGUGUUACUAUUUACUACUCUACUAUUCCCGUCUAGUUUUCCAUUGAUUCUGGUUCAGUUCCCUCUCUUGUCUCGGUUGAAUGAUGCAUACGUUAAGCUGCCGCCAUUUCAAGAUGCGAUGCCAGAGAAGCAACCCGAUGCUCCUCCAUCAGUAGUCAGUUAACGAUGUCUUAUUUUCAGCAACCGUAUGGGAUUCAAUGGAUCUUUUAAAUAGGUGGAGAUCCGAAGUAAGGCUGCAAAAUUUCGUAACUCUGCAGAAACUUAUGGAAGUGAUGGAAUAAAGUUGUAGACUAUAUAAAUAUAUGUAGUUUUUAAGGGCAUAUGGAAUGUUUAUGUACAAUAAUAAAGUACAAUUUCUGUU